AUGCUUAUGCUGAAGCUUGGAACCCAGCGUACCCGGGGUACUCCUACGCUCCCAGCGCACCGUGCGCUCCUCUACGCUCCAAACGCCUAUGCAACAUACGGUCCUGGUGCUUACAACCCAGCAAGCCUGGCUGCUUCCAAUGCUUGCGGUCUGGCCGUCUCCAGCUCGUCUCCCAUUGCCCCUGCUGGUGUGACUAUGAUAUCUGAGACUGCUUACGAAGGUCCAUUGGCUGUAGCUGGACAAAUUCCAUUCCUUGGUGCGGUUGGAGUCGAAGGAAUGCUGCCAACAGCUGGUGCUGGAGCUAUCUCUUAUGGUAGUGGAAAUGGACAGGUCGCCAUCUUGGCCGAGGAUCUAGCGGGCUAUGGUUACCCAGCGUACUCCUACGGUGCACCGCAGUACGCGUACGGACCCUACUAUUAG